GUGCGCAAGCGCGGUAUGGGUUGACACCGACGGAAAGCAAGCUUGCCAACGCGUGGCCAUCUGUUAUUCAUAUGGCAGCUUGCGUUCAAGUUUAGAGAUGGCACACUUUUCACUUUCUAUUGUCGUGUGUGAUAUAGCUAGCUAUGUAGUUCCUAUAGCUAGUUAGUGCUUGGUAGUGUAACGUUACUGCUGUUGUUUUUUGUCUAGUGAUUGUUUUAGCUAACGUAAGCUUGUUAGCUAACGUUAGGGGAAAUGGCAGAGUUACUGCAAAGAUGUAACGUUUUGAAAUUUGGUUGGCGACUCCUGAAGUCAAGUCACGCAGGAGCAGGCAAACAACUGUAUAUCUCAUCCCAGAGUUCCAGCAAUGGCCACAACUUGUUCGGGCUUCUCUUCGACAUCGAUGGGGUGCUAGUGCGGGGCCGCACACCCAUCCCUGCAGCCAAACAUAUCUUUAGGAGCUUGGUGGACAGGAAGGGGAAGUACAAAGUGCCUGUGGUGUUUGUGACCAAUGCAGGGAACUCUAUGAGGCAGACCAAAGCUGAACAAUUGUCACACCUGCUGGAAGUGGAGGUGUCUCCAGACCAGGUGAUGCUGUCCCACAGUCCUUUGCGUAUGUUCAGUCAGUAUCACAACAUGUGUGUGCUGGUGUCAGGACAGGGCCCAGUGCUGGAGGUGGCUCACAAUCUGGGAUUUCAGAAUGUUGUGACCAUAGACAUGCUGAGGGAUGCCUAUCCGCUUCAGGACAUGGUGGAUCACAACAGAAGACCCAAAGACAUGGUUCCACCAAGUAAAGAGUUACCCCCGAUAGAAGCCAUCAUUCUGUUUGGUGAGCCAGUCAGAUGGGAGACCAACCUCCAGCUAAUAAUGGACGUGCUCUUAACCAAUGGGAAGCCUGGGAAUGCCCUGACAACACUGCAGUACCCACACAUUCCAGUGCUGGCCUGUAACAUGGACCUGAUGUGGGUGGCUGAAGCCAAGAACCCCAGGUUUGGUCACGGUAUGUUUCUGGUGUGUCUGGAGAGUCUGUAUAAGAAGGUGACUGGCUGUGAGCUGAAGUAUGAAGCUCUGAUUGGAAAGCCCAGUGUGGUGACCUAUAACUAUGCUGAGCUACUCAUCAGACAGCAGGCUGAGAGUCUGGGCUGGACUGAACCUGUGGAGAGACUCUACGCCAUUGGUGACAACCCCAUGGCAGACAUCUACGGUGCCAACCUCUACAACCGCUACCUACAGUCCUGCCACCGCACCCGAGCCCUGAUGCAGCUCGGAGGGGGGGAGCCUCAGAGCCAACCCCUGGAGGACCCCCACGAAAUGACCUGUGCUGAGAUGGGAGGAGUUACAGGAGCGUACGGGGGCGAGGAGCCCCUCCCUGUGGGGUGCAGCUCCAUCCUGGUGUGUACGGGGGUGUACAGCCGGGACCAGCAGGAACUGCCCCCUGACCCCAGGCAUACUGUUACAGAGCAUCGGAUCUUCCACGGUCACAGGGACUUCCGCUUUGACCCCAACCUGACCCAGCCAUCCUUCAUGGUGCAGGAUGUGAAGGAGGCUGUGGAGCUGGUGUUCCAGCAGGAGGGAUGGCCUCUGGAGUAGGGGCCCGAGUCACAAUACUGUCCUGUCCCCUGGUCACAGCACUGUCCUGUCCCCUGGUCACAGCACUGCCCUGUCCCCUGGUCACAGCACUGCCCUGUCCCCUGGUCACAGCACUGCCCUGUCCCCUGGUCACAGCACUGCCCUGUCCCCUGGUCACAGCACUGCUCUGUCCCCUGGUCACAGCACUGCUCUGUCCCCUGGUCACAGCACUGCUCUGUCCCCUGGUCACAGCACUGCUCUGUCCCCUGGUCACAGCACUGCUUGCCAAGUCGAUUAACAGCAGCUCAAUGUCUGGGUCUCUGAGGCUGUGUUUACACAGGCAGCUCAAUUCUGAUUUAUUUUCUUAUCUUUUUCAGAGCUGAUCCGAUUGGUCAAAAGACAAAUGAGUGUCAAGAAAAUCUAAAUUGUGCUGCCUGUGUAAACACAGCCUCUCUUUGGUUAGGACAGGGUCUAAUAGUUGACAUAGACCCCUCUGUGACCAAGAAACCUCUAAACGUCCUCCUCAACCGCCUCACUCGGCCAUGCUAGUACAGUCACUCAUACAGCGAAUUACAUCACACGUCUAGAAUGUCCGUGCACAUUUACCAUACUGUACUGCCAUUGAGAUUUCCCUAACUUUUACAUUUCUGUUACGUGUCCUGUUCUACGGAGUGUAGCAUGCUGACUAGACCUGCCAAGUUCCGUGCACGAGUAUUGCAAAAUAAAUGUAUCCAUGUUAUUCAAUAAUUUCAUCCAAACUGCACGCGGGUGUAGUCAGGUGCUAAAAAUAGAACUGAAUGUGAGGUUAACUAGGUUUCCCCUUUUGUGUUUUAAUUGUCGACUUUUGUAUUUCAAAUGUGUCAAUUCUACAAUGAUCCACAAAAAAAAUACCUUAUUUAUUUUGUGUAAACUAACCCAAUAUUUAUUUGCCAGAACAAAUUGGCUAGCGAAAUGUCUGUGUUUCGACCUGUCCCCAAAUGAAUAUAUUUGAUUUUGGUAUUUUAAUCUGCGUGUCAUGAACGCGUCUGGUGGGGAGAAACAAAAUCAACAUGUGCACGAUGAUGUCUGUUGUGGCUAUCAUGACUGUUUUUGGCUUGAUGAAUAAUAUUCUUAUUGGACUGAAUACAUAAAAUACUGUUGAUAGCCCAUUUUACUUUACUGUGAUGGGUUAGCUUUUACAAUAUAUUUAUCUGUCUGCCAUGCUAUCCAGACUUGUUACAGGAACAACUUCAUGCAAGUGACCAGUUUAAGUCCAGGAAUGUUCUUUGAUGAACUUCUUUGAUGCAAGGCCAGUUGUUCCAUUUACCAUGAACUAAACAGGUGCUACAUAUCUGGCUGUGUUCAAGUAAGGUUUGGAGCGUCUUUCAAUAGCCAUUAGCAUGUGAAGGCAGGCCAUUGUGGGGAUGUAAAGCAUUUUGUGGUAUUUAAAAAAUAUAUAUUUUUAUGUGAUUGUUAUGGAGUGUUUUAUGCAGGGAUGUCAACAUUUUUAGCUAUGUUCAAUUGGCCAAAGGUUCUGAGGGAAAGAUGUGACUGUGGAAUUGUCAUAAAUGCAACACUGUAUUUGACAAAUUGAAGGACAAUAAAGUGUUCACUGAAACCA